UCGAGCAUGAGUUAUACCAGAAAUUCUAAAUGUGUACCGAAAAUCCCUCAAGUAGUUGACAAGUUGUUGUGGUAAUUUUUGUUGUCGUAGGGACUUCAAGGUUAAUCAAUUCGAUUUUUCAAAUCCGUUAAAUCCUCUAUAGAUUUCGAACUUCAGUUUUUAAAAUUUUCAAUGAAAUACGGAGUUCGAUUUCAUGAGUAUAUCCUGAAUGACACAUCUGCUUGAUUGUCAGGGUGAAAUGUCUUAAAUGUCCUAUUGGUGAUGUCUAUUUUGCUACUGAUUCUUUAAGAAAUACAUUUCGUCAUCGGAGAUGUGGUCAAGACAUCCACAUCAACAUUGCUGGUUCCCCCACCCCCACCCCUCUCCAGGGAAGCACUAACUGGCAUACCAAGGCGUGCCAUUUUUUAUCCACAUACUUCUGGUUUCCCCUUUGAGGAAUGCGUGAUGUGAAUAAAUUUUUCUUAUAAGAUGGAUCUCUAAUAACGAAUUGCUAAUCUAUUCUGUUGCUAUGGCACAUAGCUUGAUGGUUUGUUCAGUUGAUGUUCACCAGCUCGCUGCAAUUGUUAGAAACCGAAUUGAUAAUGCUCUCAUAUUGGACAGUCGUUCCUUCCUAGAAUAUAAUGCAUCACAUGUUAUUAAUGCAAUCAAUGUUGGAUGUGCAAAACUUAUGAAAAGAAGAUUACAGCAAGAAAAGCUGUGUAUUGAAGAUUUUCUUGCCCAAAACUGCCAUUGGGACGUAGAUAGGAGUAUUGAUAUAAUUGUUUAUGAUCAGAAUACUCAAGAUGCUAAAUACCUGCCACCUGAUAGCUUCAUGGCUGUUUUUCUUCAAAAACUUUUACCUGUGUACCAUAGUGUGAACAUUUUAAAAGGUGGUUUUCUUGAGUUUCAAGCAACGUAUCCUGAAUUAUGUGAAGAUGAACGAACAAAGUAUGCACCAUUAACAUCUUUGUCCCAGCCUUGUCUACCUGUUUCAAAUCAUGGUCCUACAAGAAUUCUACCAUUUUUAUACCUUGGCUCUCAACAUGAUGCUCUCAGUAGAGAUGUUUUGCAGCACUACAAUAUCACUUAUCAACUUAAUGUCAGCACAAGCUGUCCUAAACCCGAUUUCAUUCAAGAUUCCCAUUUUAUGAGGAUACCUGUGAUCGAUAACUAUUGUGAAAAGUUGCUACCUCACUUUUCGAAAGCUUUUCAGUUUCUUGAUAAAGUGAAAGAAUCCAGUGGAUGUGUUCUUGUUCAUUGCCUUGCGGGAAUAUCAAGAUCUGCUACUGUUGCCAUAGCAUAUGUUAUGAGAACUUUAAAAAUGACAUCAGAUGAAGCAUACAGGUAUGUAAAGUCAAAGAGAGUGACUAUAUCUCCCAACUUCAAUUUCCUAGGACAGCUACUGGAAUAUGAAAAACAGUUACAGAGGGAGCAUAUUCUAGAUUUGAAAUCUGAAUCAUCUUCAACACCAUUAUUUAAUACUUCUAGUCCACUCAAUGAACCAACUUAUCAUAGAAACUCUGUUGAUUCUGGAAAAAGGGAAGAUACCAGUCAGUUUUCCCAGAAAUCACUGUCAGAUGGUCACUGCGUAGAAUAUUCCAAUUUCACUGUCAGCAAAUCUUACAGGGAAGUUUCUUCUAAGUGCCAUCGGUUAAAUAAAGAGUGCAGCAUGCCGUUUGAUCCAUGCAUUACUGAAAAAAUAGAGACUUAUUGCAUUCCGGACAGACAGGCUUCCUUAAAUAUUAAAUGUCUCCCUGUGUCUAGUUUAAAAGAACUUAAUUUCACACCUUGUCAGACCUCUUUCAAAUCAUCCCAAAGCUGUAAAGAUGAGAAGAACUUGAAAAAUUCUAAAACUAUCAGUUGUGUGAUUUCCCCUACAAAGACUAUUACAAUGAACUUCUCGAGUGUUAAAAGAGUCGAUAAGAAAAUCGAGACUUUAUGUACUGAAAUCCACCUGCCCGAUUGCAAGAUUGAAACAGGACGUGGUGUAUGCUAUUCAGAUUAUUCUACUCCAACUGAUCUGAAGUCAUUUGAAUUUGAUGAUAAAUCGUAUAAUCGAUCAGAUUCGGUGAGUACAUCUGGAAUAGGCAGUGAAGGAUCAGAUUAUGCAGAUAGUUGGAAUGAUUUUACUAGCUCCUGUGAGCGUGAGACAGAUAUACUAAUGGAUGAUGAAUACCCUUCUGUGCCAUUAGGAGAUGAUGAAUUACACAGGAGUAAGAUAAUGAGUUUUGAUGAUUCUUUGUCAUUGUAUCCAAAAUAUGAGCCUCAAUAUGAUUCUUGUCAUAUGAAGCGACAGGGAUCAACAGAUUAUUCACAAACUGUUCCAAGUGAACAGCAUGCCAAAAAGUACAAUAUGAAAUAUGAAGAUUUAUUAAAGUAUUCUGGUUUAGGUCAGAGUAAUCUGCCUUCAAUAACUAAUACAGAUGACCUUGGAAAAGCCCACUUGCUCUACAGGGCACAGUCCUGUCCGGGAAUGCUGAGUUCCGAGUCUUCAGCUUCAGAUGAUUCGGAAGGCUGGACCUUCAACAAUGGCGUGAAGCUAAGGAACUCUAGACCUGCAAAGGACAAGUGUCGAAACCGUUACAGCUGCAGUAACAUUGACUAUAUGGAUUAUUCACUCAACACAAAUUUAUCUCAUGAGUCUUGUCCUGAUGCCUUGCAUUUGUCUGCCGGAGGAACAGAAGGCUCGAAAAUAUCAUCUUCUCAUUGUAAUUAUCGCCAUAGCAUGAUACAGGUAUCAUGAAUCAUUCCUUUUUAAGAGUUCCUUAAACUAUAAAGAAAAUCUUUCUAGAUUUGUAGAAAAUAACACACACAAUUUUAAACAAUGCAGCUCUUGCACCAUGAUCUUUUGAAAAGCUUAACAUUGCCAGCAAAGUGUGUGAAAAGUUUUAUUUUUUAUCAUUUUUGAGCUUUGAAAAUCCUUCAUUGAUUUUAUUGAAUAUGUGGCAUUACAUUUGAGAAAUAUUUAGAGAUGCUUUUUCUUAUUAACUUAUUAUAUGCUUAAUCUUCAUAUCUUGUGGUGCAUUUGAGAAAAACAUUUCACUCAAGUGCCUGGCUGAUUCAGGCUUCAGCAAUUUUUAGUAUAACACAUUUAAAUAUAGUAAAGCACUUAAUUUAUACUUGCUUAAAGGGACCAUUUAUAUCACACUCCUGUCUCAGCACUUGUUAAAGUAUUUUUGAAAAAAUAUACAUCAUUUUAAUUUUUAUGGCACUCGCUUUUAGAAUUGGUAGAGGAAAGAGGAUAUUAAUAUUUAAUGUUGUCAGUGUAAACCAGUGAGUUCCCAAAAUAGGAGAGACUCCUGAAAUGAUAGAAUUUGUAAGGAUUAAAAAUGGAAAGAAUUGCAGUCAUGAAUUUUUUUAAAAAUUAAUCAGAUGAAUGUAUUAAAACAUACUUUUAAAUUUUGAACAAAUUCUCACUCAUGUUUAUAAUUUCAUUGGUUUGAAGAAUUUAAAUGAUUUUUCAAACUAAUUUGAAUUAUUACUAUAGAAUAUAUACAUUUUGUAUGUUGAAAUUAUAUGGGGGCGGACAGCAUAAAAAAUUUGGAAAAAUUCAUAUUUUUAUUGACAUUGGCUGUAAGUUUAAAGUGGUUGCAAUUUUAUUGAAAAUUUGUCUUGCAAGAGAAACAUGAACUGCAAUGGGAACUUUGAUUUAUUUAGCCAAAACCUAGUUUAAAAGAACGUUUAGGGAUAUUGUUUGUCUAGCUGGUUUGAAGCUGAGUGGAAUGUGUUUUAUCAAUCAUGUUAUUGUUUUUUAACUACUACUUAAAAUGCAUCAGAUGGUACUUUUUAAAAUAAUCACUUUAUUUGGAGAUACUCUAUCAAGCAUUGAUAUUCAUCCUUUAGAUCUUACUUUGUACUUCAUUUAAUCUGAAACUCAUAACUUCUAAAAAUUAAUUUUAUACUCACUGUUUGAAAUCACUAUUGUUAAAUGUGGAUUAUAGAGUGCUUUAAGACAGCACAAGUUACUAAAAUAUUUAUUAUUUUAUUUCGAAAAUGUCUCCUCUAUUUGAAAUCACAUUAUACUGAUUAUUUAUGUUGAUAAAUAUCUAUAAAACUUUUUUCAUAUUUGAGUUACUUUCUCUGUAUAUAGAAAUAUAUUAAGUACGUUGUUAUUUUAUUAUUAAUAUAAAAAUAGUUUAAAAGGAUUCAAUUGAUUCCUUUAAUUAAUUGUUCCUUGGCAACUUGUAAAAUGUUAAUAUUUUGUUAUUUCUUGGGGGGUAAAGAAAGAUAUCGUAUGGGGUACAGAUAUUUUAGUACAAAUAAUUAAAUUAUUUCUGUUAUGGUUGUUGAAAAUAAGGUUUGAAUAACUAAACUUCCUUUGUGUAUUUCCUUUUUUAUUGCAUAUGGAUAUAAAAUACAAUGUUAAGAAAAAGGAUUGUCGUUUCAGAUUUACUGAACAAGGCAAGGUUUUUAACUCCUUGUCCUGCAUAUUGUUAUUAUGGAAAAGGAAUUUAAAAUUUUUAUUUAUUUCAAAUGUUUAACAAUAGAUUAAUCACCUUAGUGAAUAAGUUUGCCCUUUAUAUAUCCUGAUUAUUGUUAAGUUUAAAAUAUGCAGUUAGUCUUAUAUAUUCUGCUGUGAAAAUUCGUGAAGAGUUCUUCUAAUAUUAGGAAAUAUAAUGAUGGUCUGUUGAAAUUAUUUUGAUUGUUUUAUAAAAUUGUUAUUAUAUUUUUAUAGAUGCAAACAUUUUAUCCUUUUCCAUGUUACUUAUGCAAUAGUAAUUAUUAUUAUUAUUUGCUUGAAAAUUCUUUGCUAUCUGAUUAUUGCAGAAUUCUUUUUAUCACUUAACAUGCCAAUCUAAAUUUUCUUUGUGGCUAGACUUGACUCUGUUGAACAAAUUAAGGUUUUAAAAAUUACAAGCUUAUUAUUAGAAGUUGUUUCUAUAACUAAGUGUUUUGAACAUUAAAAUUAACUUCAAAGUUAUUUUGGAAUUUGUGAUGUAAUCCCUUGUUUAUCAUCUAUGCAGAAUUGUAUUUAAUUGUAUUUGCCAAAUGAUUUUCUUUGAAUCAAGUAUUUUCUUUUCUUUCAUAUUUAAAUUUAUGUUGAUGUGAUCAAUAUAACAUCUCUUUAAUUUCUGAGUUGUUGGGUCUUUGUUUAUUAAGUAUUUUUAUUCUUUAGUGCUGAAAUUAAUUUCCUUAAUUGAGAGGAAAACAAAAUUAUCAAGGAACUUAAAUGUUUUGCUGUUGUAUUGUUUUGUUAAUUGUCCUCUAGUUGAAUUUCAUGAUGAAAAAUAAGAGCUGGUCUCUGUUUAAUUUCAUUUCCACAAAGGUAUCUUCUAGAAUCUAGGAGAAUUCGAAUUUCAAGUACAAUCUUUGUUGUCAAAUUUAUAUAUGAGUGCAAUGGAUGAUGUUUAUUGUGCAAAGAAAUAUUUCAGGUAUUCAAAUUGUUGUGCGGUAUGUUGUGCUUUUUCAUUAGUUAAAAACAAAAACAGUUUUGUGAAUGGCUUGUUAUAUUCUUUGUGAUAGAGUAAUAGAAUGUUAAGUGAAGGUUUCACAAGACAUAAUUGCAGUUCACUUCUAAAGGCAGGUUUUAUUUCAGAAAUAAAGGGGUAUUCAAGAAUUAUAUAUUGAAUACAUGUUCAUGUUUGUAAAAUAUUAAUUGAGGCAUUAUUGUAAGAACAUUCAUGUAAAUAUAUUAUAAUGUACUGGAAUGUUUGAUUCUCAUUAUUUUAGUUUUUGAGUAUGAAAAUGUUAGUACUAUUAUAGAGUUGAUAUAAGCUAAGUUUUAUAUUAGUUUAAGUGUUAUUAUAGAUAUUUUAUGCUGAUAUUCCGUAAAUAUUAAUGUUUGUGCUGUUUUCAUUCAUGCCUAUUCAACUUUUUUUUUUUUUCAUUUAAGAAAAGAGAAUUUAUCUAACUUUUUGCAGAUCCUUUUUCAUUUAUGUUGAUUAGCGUAAUAGUAGUACUUCUCUUCUGUACUCUGUUCAGUAAAUUUAUAAGUUGGAGCUAUACCAUUUUGUUACCUUGCUGUGCAAAAAUUCCGGUGUGAUUUAUUUAGAUAGUUUAAUUUUUAAUAUUCGAAUUAAAUGAGGAUAAUUAGAUAUCCUUAUAUUUUGAUAGUUAAGCAUACCAUUGUUUGCUUUAUUACUGAUAUGUGUACAUAUGUGCAUGAUUUAAUUUUGUUCAUUUUUCCUCUUUUGUUAAUUAAUAUUAUGUUUAGAAAAAUUUUGACUUUUAAAGCAAACAAGCUUCUUUUUUUUUUUACAAUGUAAUUUAAAGAAUUUUUUAUGAAAAAUUUAUUAGAAAGUUUACGUGCAUUUUUGUUUACUUUGGUGUUAAAUAUCAAAAUUAGGUAAUAGCAAUUUUGGCUCUUGGAAGGUUAAUAAUGGGAAGAAUUAAUGUUCUAUUGUUCUGAAGAAUGUUUUUUAAUUUUUAGGCUCUACAAAAAAUAAUGAACAAUCCCAAAAUUCUGUUUCUUGAAGGUACUUCUUAAAAUCACACAUUGUGGGGGAAAAUGUCUCAUGCUAUUAAUCUUUCUAAAACAAUCCUUAUAUAUAUAUAUAUAUAUUAAUUUUAAUAAAUUUACAUUUUGAUGAGUAUCGUAGAAGUGAGUGAAUUUCAAUUAAAGCUUAUUUGUUCAAUUGCACUUCUGUCAUACUGAGCAUGAGAUAGUUUCUCACUGAACGUUUUCUUUAACUCUUGUUAUUUUGGUAUAUGAAUUGGUUUAAAAUGUUUUUUUGCUUGUAAUUAUGUUGUACUGAUAGCACUUUUUGUCAUUUGUGUCUUACAGAAAAUAUUUUUUAUUUUCUGUAUUAAUGAAUUAAAAUAAUACUUUCAGAAAACAUUAUAUUUAAAUAUUUUACAGAAAACUGUGUUCUACAGCGUAUGUUGGAUUUUUCUUGUAUAUAUAUAUGUAUUACUCAGCAUUUUUUAUAAAACUUUCUUGUUCACCCUGCAUUACUUUUGCUAUUUACUGAACAGAAAGCUGCAAAAUUCAUCCCUAUAUUUAAAUGCGAAUAUUUUUUUCAUACUAUAGAAUCUAAGCUAUUUCAUAUUAUUUAAACUGAAAAAGUUUGAAAAAAUUUUGCCCACUGACAAAAAAAAAAAAAGGGUGAAAAUUGAAUACUGUCUCAUUCCAGUACAUUGUUUAAAAUUAAAAGUUAAAUUUUUUCAAAGAUUUUGAAUGAAUAAAAAUUGCACCUUGUCUUGUGGAAUGUGAAUUAUGUAUUGAGAGAAUUUCUGGUUUAUUUGCUUAAGUGGAAUUAGUAUUUAUUGGUAUGAAUGAUACAUAUCUUCAAACUGCUUUUUAAGCAUUUGUUGUUGGACACUUGCUUAUCAUGAAUAAGUCUUAGAUUUAUUCUAUUGUGAAAUAAAAACUUGUA